CUACCAAGCUGAUAUUUUUAUUUUAAACUACUCGUACCUGUGCACACGUUCACAUCUGCCUGAGUUUGGACACAUUUCAAGUGAAAAGCAUGUGAUGUGAUGGUCAACAAAGGUUCAAAUCCCCUCACAGUGACAGGUGCUCUUUACAGGGACGAGCAUGUCGAGCGGCACAGCUUCCGAAGAUCGGCAGUGAAGAUUCCAGAUUUCUAUAACAAAAGCAGGCUGUAUACAUUCAUUGUUUGUGGAGACGAUAGAAGAAAACAACAGCCAACUGACACAAAUGUUGCUGUGGAUGACCAUCGCCUUUUGUUGGAUGACAGUCGGCCUGGCGUGUGACUGCAUGCCACACAGGGAGGACAACUACUGCAACAGUGAUGUCGUGUUUCGCGGUGAAGCUGUCGCUGAACAUCUGGGGGAAACAAGCGAGCCCUACCCCUGGGAAAUACGGAUCUACACUGUUAAUGUCGAGGAAAUCUUCUGGUCAAACAGCAGUUUUGUUGGAAUGACAACUUUCAAUCUCACUACUCAACGUAGUAGCGCCAUGUGUGGUGUUCGUUUUAGUUUGAACACAGCUUACGUCAUUGCUGCCAGCGAAAGGAACGGACAGCUUGUGGACUCAUCUGUGCGCAGGAAACACGGACUGGAACAGUCUCGACACGAAACAAAAAAGGUUUUUCACAAGACGCCUGCGAAACCUCUGUGCUUGAACAAACGCCUUCAACCAAGUUAUUGCACAAGCACGUGACCAGCACGCCGACAUCACGUGACCGAGUCACGACAUCACAUAAGUAUCACGUGACAGUAUCGUACCCAGGACAACCUGUGUUUGUGCCAGGUUGAAGAAACUUGGUUUUAUAUUGAAAACCAGUCUUUGUUUCUCGUUCUGAAUAAAACCUUCACGCAAAUAAAGUUUUCUUUGAAAAUUCA